AUGGACAGCACUGGUAGCGACUUGCUGUCCCAGUCCUCUACGCCGCCGGUGAUGGAGCUUACUCCGCCUGUGAUACCCAUGACGGUCACUGCCAGGGACGUUCGUCAGCGAGCAGACCUCACGUCCUUCGACGUUCAGAAUAUCAGAAAGAUCAUCGAAGCAGUUCAGAGGAAGGCCCUCCCGGACACAGCCUGUGUUGUCGACGACCAAAUUGUCGACAAAUACGUGGACAAGGCGUUCGCCAGCGGCUGGAAUACCAAUAUGCCACUCAGUAACACGUCGAAGAAGCCGACAACAAAAACCCUGGACAAGACCGCUAUCCGAGUGGGGUUCUGGAAGUAA